GCCGCCAACACCAACCAGUAGAAGGAAAGAAGUCCACCAUACUCGGGAAAAGUGAAGGGAAGUCCUUUCUCUCCCUUUCGGACCCGCUUUCCCUUCCCCGUUAGAGAAAGGAAGUGUCUUCUUCUCUCUCAUCAAACAGUCUUUGGAGCAGAGGACCGGUUUCGAGCUUCAAUUGUAGUUUCUUAACAUCACUGUUCCGCUUAGCAUUUGGUCAUUAUAGCAAUAGUCUCAAGGCCCAGUGGGAGAAGAAGGGAGCCAUUAGAUGGGCUUUGAACAAAUUAAAUGGGAUUGAAUGGCCCUGGAAUUUGAAGCCUUUUUCCCUUGCACAUUCCAUUUUGCAGUUGCUGGUGAGGAAUUAGGAGAAAGUAGGAAUUAUUAACUCAGAUAUGAAUAAAGGUGGUGGUGGAGGUGCAGGAUCGGGUGCAGUAGCAGGUGGAGGAAGUGGGCCAACAGCAGCAGCAGCAGCAGCGGCUGCUCAGAAGCAGAAGGGUUUACUGCAGAGAGUGGAGACUGACAUUGCCAACAUCGUGGACAAUUUUACCCAGCUUGUCAAUGUCUCCAGGGUGAAUGAGCCGGCUGUCAGAAAUUCACAAGAAGUUUUCAUGAUGGAAAUGCGCGCUGCCAGAAUGGUUCAGGCUGCUGAUUCCUUGCUCAAAUUGGUAUCAGAACUCAAGCAGACUGCAAUCUUCUCUGGGUUUGCAUCUCUCAAUGACCAUGUUGACCAAAAGAACGCCGAGUUUAACCACCAAACAGAGAGUACAGACCAAAUGUUAGCCCGCAUUGGAGAUGAGGCAGCUGCUAGCCUCAAAUUACUUGAAUCCCAUUAUUAUUCUUCCCCACAAAAAAACAAUGCGCAUUUAGACACUUUCUUCUAAUGGGCAUUUCUUACCAUUUUUAAUGACUUUCAAUAUUUUUCCUAUCCUAGCCUAGUUCUGUACAACGACAAUCAUAACUGUAACCCAACUAGUGCUUGCCAAUGCUUUAUGUACAUCGAUCCUGGUUUGAUUCCGGCAGUAUUUCCAAGUUUCGUUGUUGGACUAAUGGUAAAAAGGCAAAGAGAUUAAAGCCUAAGCUAUGGUUGUAGAGAUCGCCCAAGUCAUUGAUUAGUUUAUGUGUAUUUCCUUAUAGCAUUUUCUUUUCUGUCUUGUUGUUUGAUUUUAUAUUUGCUUCCAUUUGAUCGGAAUAAGGGCUUUAACUAAUGUAUUAUUAUUUCAAGUGUGCAA